CGUCCGUCUUAUCCUGAAUCUGUGAGUGAGUCUAGUUUGGCAUCCAUCCAUCCAUCCAUGGCGUCCAUGCUGUGCUCCUACUCCGUCUCCAUGCCCGCCGCCGCCAGGGCUCCGCUCCUCCGGUCCAACUCCCUCGGGUUCGCCACCUCGCAGCUCGCCGGCCUCAGCCUCGGCCUCACCUCCGCCAACGCCAACGCCGCGGUCUCCAUCCCCACCACCAAGAACACCAUCGUCGCGCGCCGGAUCUGCCCCUUCUUGGAGAAGAAGACGAACCGGGCCAACAAGGUGUCCUUCUCCAACCACAAGACCAAGAAGCAGCAGUUUGUCAACCUGCAGUACAAGAAGCUGUGGUGGGAGGCCGGCAAGCGCUACGUCAAGCUCAGGCUCUCCACCAAGGCCCUCAAGACCAUCGAGAAGCACGGCCUCGAUGCCGUCGCCAACAAGGCCGGGGUCGACCUCAACAAGAAAUGAAAUGGUCCAUACAAUUCAGCUUGAGACCAGGCUCCUCCCCUAGCUACAUGGUCUCCUCCUCUUGUUGGUUUUCUCACAUGAUGCAUCUACCCUCUCAGUGUAAUGUAGUAUGCAAAAAAGAUCUCCCCCCGUUUUGCUAUUUAUUAUCUUGAUUGAUGAGUUCAUGUUAAGCAUCAUACUGUGGGUUUGUGCCUUGCAGCUACAAACCAAAUUGAUGAGCGGAAAGUGAUUUAUCAGCAAAGAAAUUGUUA